AUGGAUCGUUCACGAAAAUCGAGGAAUGACCGGUCGCAGUGGAGUCCCGCGGAAGUGCCGUGGCGCAGACGAUGCGCGCCGCGACGCGCCAACAUUACCGUCAGGAAUUUCGGAUCGAUUCUAGCUUUGACAAUGCUGACUGCGGCCAGUGUCUCCUCAACCCACGUGCCCGACAAGUACCCCAUCGAAGUCUACCACAUGCUACGGGAGAAGACUCAAUUCGCCCUUGGCCGAGACAAUCGCAUAAGGGGCACCUGGGGGCCGUGGAGCUCCUGGAGCGAGUGUUCCAGGACCUGUGGCACCGGGAUUCAAUCGCAAUCCCGCGAAUGCGUGCCGUACCAGAGACUGUUAAGGAAGCGGAGCAUUAUCACGGAGAACAGCACGAGCAACUCGCGACCCAUUUGCAUCGGUACAUAUAAGCGAUACCACACGUGCAACAUGCAGAAAUGUCCGAACUUCCCGGAGGAUUUGCGGGCCGAACAAUGCGCCAAGUACAACGGAAGAAACUACAAGGGCGAGAGCUACGAUUGGGUUCCGUUCUUGGACGCACCGAAUUCUUGCGCACUCAACUGCCGCGCCGUUGGCGAGCGCUUUUAUGCAACGCUUGAACCGGCAGUAAUGGACGGCACACCCUGCGACGCUUCGAAUCUUCGUGGACAUAAUGCCGGGAUUUCUAUGAAACGCACAGACCAAUGGCUCUGUGUCGCCGGACAAUGCAAGCCCGUGGGUUGCGACGGUGUGGUAGGUUCCGGCGUAACGACGGACGCUUGUGGUGUCUGCGGUGGUCAGGGUAAAGGUUGUAGACUGUACGAGGGCAUUUUUAUGGAACCAAUCCUGCCGCGGGGUCAUCAACCCGUGACCAGUAUACCGAAAGGAGCCAUGUCCGUUAACAUCUCUGAACUGCGUUACAGUAGCAAUUUCCUAGCGUUGAGAGACAGGAACGGUAGUUACAUCCUGAACGGACCCUUGGCUUACAGUCCAAGCGGCACUUAUAAAGCGGCUGGCACGACAUUAACAUACCAGAGGGGUGACAGAAACCGCAUGGAGUGUAUCUUGGCGACCGGGCCACUGAACGAUUCUUUGCAUUUAGAGAUUCUGGCACAGGAGAUGAACCCUGGAGUGCUUUACAAAUACAUGAUGCCGUUCAAUGGAAAGCCAUUGAUAGCGCCUCCGAUUUUCGUGACAGGGUCCAUCGAUCGUGGCAACGAAAUCCCCGAUGCGGACAUCCACGUGGCUCUGACGGUCCCAAUGACGAGAAUAUCCAAUCAGAAAACCGAUUUAUCACCGACGAUUCGCAAUCAAGAUCGGGCACGGCCCCGUGACAGAGGGCGGAAGGAAGAGAUGAAGCAUUCGCCGACCACAGUGAUGGCCGGUGAUCAGCCCAAGUCGAAGACCAAAAAGAAGAAACGUCCACGAUUCGCUUGGAAGGUGUUUGGGUUGACCCCUUGUUCCAAGGAAUGCGGAGGAGGCUUUCAGACACCGAUCCUUAAGUGCUUCCGCGAGAACAAGCAGAUGAUCGUGAACGACAAGCGUUGUCGCAACGUGGGAAAGCCCGAGCAACCGCUUCCGUUACGCUGCAACGAUAAUCCCUGUCCACCCAGGUGGAGGGCCGAACCCUGGGGCGAGUGCACGGUCAGCUGCGGCACCGGCACCAGGACGCGGAAGCUCGAGUGCGUACAGGAACUAAACGCGAAUUUGACAAUGAGAGUGGCAGCGGGUGCGUGCGUACAACCGCCGGACCUCGAGACCAUGGAGACCUGUGCGAAACCGGCUUGCACCAAUCGGCCGGAACUCAGGCACAUGCACUCUCCGCACGACACACCCAGAUGGGACGUUGGCGCCUGGGGCCCGUGCUCGACCACGUGCGGGAUGGGGACCCGAAACAGGACAGUGACCUGCAUCACGUCGGGGAAGGACUGUCCGGUGUCGAGCAAACCCGAAUCCCGGAAAGUGUGCGAAUCCGCGGCGUGUGGGCAGAGCAGUGCCGAGCAACGAGCGCCAUGGCUCUAUUCGGAGUGGUCGUCGAAGUGCUCGGCGGAAUGUGGAAGCGGAGUGGAGACGAGGCAAGUGGCCUGUGCCGAUGGCAGCGAGCUGUUCUGCAAUCCCAAAGAGAGGCCGGAAGCGGAGAGGCAGUGUUUCGGAAGGGCAACGAACUGCGAUAGCGCGAAAUGGUUCACCGGUCCAUGGACAUUCUGUUCCGUGUCUUGCGGAGUGGGUGUCCAGUAUCGAGAAGUCCUUUGCGUGGCAAGGACGAAAAACGAAUUCGUCGUGUUGCCGGCGAGCAAUUGCAACAGCUCGAGGCCAGCCAACGAGCAAGUAUGCAGAGCGAGCGCUUGCACGCCGACAUGGUUCACCUCGAACUGGUCGAAGUGCUCGGUGACAUGCGGCACCGGAAUGCAAACCAGACUGGUUCGUUGCAUCCUCGAGGGUGUCAGCAGCUCGAGUUGCGGAGACGCGGCGAAGCCGAGUGACCAGCGACAAUGCAGCCUGGAGCCGUGUAAAAAGGAUCCACCGUCGUCGAGCAAACCACCGAAAAAAGCUUACGAGGCGUCCUCGGAGUGCGUGGACAAGUAUGUGAAUUGCAAGCUGGUCGUGAAGAAUGGCCUGUGCCGGAUCAAGUACUACAAGUACUCGUGCUGUCGCUGCCGCGAGUAGUUGGACGGUGUGAGAACGAGCCACCGUUUCAGGCAGGUUCGCCCCACCAUGCUCGUGGCCGUUUUGUGUUCGAUUAAGCUCCUUCUUUCCCUCCCUUAGCUAAAUGUAAACGGGAAACCUGAACCCCGGGGGCAGUUCGUGGCGAGUAAUAAGACUGUGACAAAGAGACGACCGUAUUACGUAUAAUUUUAUUUAACACGAUAACCAGCUAACCCCCGCGUAUAGCUUUAUUCCUUCUACUGUCUUGGAGCCGCGCGUUGCGCAAGAACGAUUAUUUAAUUCCCCGAGAACGUUAAACCCGAUGAACGAAACUGGGAUAGUAGGUGAGAAUUCGCAAAAUUCAGAGGAAUCGACUAGUCGUUCGAUAUAGAGGAGUAAUCGAGGGCGUUGAAAAGGGCAACGCGUCUUCGCGCGAAACAGCAUGAUGCGUCGGUGUAGCAGAAACUCGCAUCGUACGGCAUGUAUGCACGUGUGUUACGUGUGUAGAUAUAUCUGUGUGACCGCGUGAACAGCUACAGGGGCGUAAUUUUGUCAAUGCAUCGAUACCACCGGCCCCUCCCCCCCUCCCCCGUGCAUUAGUUCCGUGUUGUACCCCGUUGCGUUCCACCGGGGGUUACAGGUCAGUACGAAAAGCGAAGCGAACGUACACCCUGAGCAAAGGCACGCGAGUAUCGAUGAAUAUCGCGAGAGGAUCGUUCCUGUCGGAUUUUUCGCAAACGCUCGCGAUACCGCGAAUUUAGCAGGCACCGAUAAAUACGAGCUCGUCGGCUCGGAACGAGGGAUUAUCAUUGUUACGCCCCUGGAUGAGUUGCGAUCCCAUUUGCAUGCGCGUUCGACGCGAAACCUGUACGCCCAUGUAUCCACUUAGGUAAACCUGCGAGCUUGUGCCCAGACAAGCGUACGUGGACACGCGAAACGAAACGGGCUCCGAGCGAGCACACGAGCUGUCUGGUGUCGCCACGAAAAGAAGAAGCAAAACGUGUCCAUCGAUACGGCUGCAUGUGCUCUCGAUGUACCCUCCGAUAGGUAGACUGUAUUAGUUGCAAAACGUUAUUUAUGUGCCCGUAUAGGCCAGUCGGACCACGAUGGAUGCGAGCCGCGUAAUUUCUGUUAUCGAGCAUUUAAUUAACAUAUCGAGUCGAAUGGACCCGGCGAUUUUGAUUUACGAGCCUGACUUUAUUAACAAAUUCAUCCGCGACAAGGACAGCGCGUCAGAACCGGAAGCGCGUCCAUAUCCUUUUUCGAUCGUGGCAUUCUUGUUUCGAGGGAACAGGCUCGAGGAGAACGCGCUCGAUCUCUGGCAAAAUGAUCGACCGUUGAGCCGAGGUAACGCGGAAAGGAUCAACGAGUCUUCGUUCUUCUGUGUGCUCGAUGUCAGCCGAUUCGCCUAUUCUUCAUAUUGCGAGCAUAGUUGUAGCAUAAUAACUAUAGCAAUGGUAUCGAAUCAAAUAUACGCUUGUCUGUGUAGAAAGUAUAAAGUCACUGGUAUACUGUAUACGUAAAUCCGAAUUUAAUUUCCGACGUUCUAGAGAAAAUUUUCAAGAGGUCUUCGACGUACACUAUUAAUCGGCGAAUCAGUCGCGCGUACAAAGGCUUCGUAUAUAAGGUGUAUGGACGUCAGUUAAGUUUAAGUAGGUAACAUUUCUAAACGAUUAACGGAAACGUGAACAUUGCGCAGGCAAUCAAUUCUCAGUGUCAAUUAAAUCGGUUUCUGGUUUGCCUUCUCGACCACCAAGGAAACCUGCGAACUCCGCGCCAUAUUUCGACCCGCUCCGUGUCCUU